GGUAUACUCGCCGCACAUCUGCUUCGUUUCUUUGACACCACCUCGAGUCGCUACACCCAUGGGCUCAAUCGCACCCCAUACCCGCGUCGCUAUCGUCACCGGUUCUGCCCAAGGCAUCGGGCGGAGCAUCGCCCUCCGUCUGGCCGAGGACGGUCUGAACGUCGUCAUCAAUGACAUCCCCGCGAAGGCGGCGCAGAUCGAAGAGGCCGUGGCUGAGAUCAAGGCGAAGAGCGGCGUGAAGGUCAUUGCUGCGCCAGCGGAUGUGACCAACGAGGAGGCGGUCCAGGCCAUGAUUGCCUCUGUGGUCGAACAGCUGGGCAGUCUUGACGUGAUGGUUGCGAACGCAGGCGUGAUGUCGUAUGGUCCGCUCGUGCUCGUUCCCAGUGAAGAGUGGGACCGAGUGAUCAACAUCAACCUGCGAGGUGUGAUGCUUUGCUACAAGUACGCAGCAAAGCAAAUGAUAGAGCAGGGCCGAGGCGGACGCAUUAUCGGAGCGUCGUCUAUGGCCGGAAGACAUGGCAUGCCAUACACGUCAGCGUACGCAGCGUCAAAGUUUGCGAUCCGUGGUCUGACCCAGAGCUUGGCAUCUGAGUUGGCGAAGGACAACAUUACCGUCAACGUGUACGCGCCGGGCGCGAUCCGAACCAACAUCGUCAGCCUGGAGGACGCGAAAGCGCAGGGCUUGUCCGGCUCCGCCCUAUCGAAGAUACCAAUCGCGGAACCGGAGGUCAUCGCCAGCCUUGUCUCGUACAUUGCGAAGCCUGAGGCAUACUUCAUCACAGGACAAACGAUCUCGGCCAAUGGAGGAGCACACUUUGACUGAACAUCGCUUCUCAAAGCUAAAACGUGCGACUUCCGGGUGCUAUAGUCGUUGAGUUUUUGCAAGUAGUAUGCGAAGUACAACACCAGGAAUUCGGAGAGCUUUGAAUGGCAUGCGUAGGGGCUUGAUCUUGAUGGUACGGCUCCAGUAGCUCGUGAUCAUUGACGAGUACCGAGUGGGGUGACGAUCUGUCGUUAUUUUGCAAUACUAAUGCCUUGGGUACACUCUGCUUGCGAUAAAAUGUGAGGCAGCAGGGCGGCGGGCGGUGUUCGUGCGCUGCAGUCUGCAACCGCCGUACGUCGUACCUAGUCAAUGUGAUGUGUCAAUCGA